AUGGGACUCCUUCUUCACCUACAGACCCGUCUUCAUGACUCUGCGCUUCAACCACAAUAUAUCUGCGCAACUUGUAAUGAAAUAAUCGAUGGCUUCUUGACUCUGAGACAAAGAGCAGUAAAUAAUGAGAAAAUAGUUCUGAAAUAUCAACUUGAAAUUGCACAGAAAGGAUUGAAAGAAGUGUUAGAACAGAUAAAAAAUACGGAUGAGUAUGAGGAGAAUGAGAUAAAAAAUACGGAGGAGUACGAGGAGAAUGAGAAGCAUGGAGAGAUGAAGACUGGCGAGGAUGAUGAGGAUGCUGCAUCUAUUCUCAAACCAGAGUCAUUUCAGUGCAACCAAUGUGAAGAAGUAUUUAGUGAAAAUUCUAUUUUAAAACAUCACAUGAAGACAAAACAUCCGCCCAACCAUGAGUGUUCUACUUGUAAUCUUGUUUUCAAGCGGAAACAUUCGUUAAUUAAACACAAGAAAAGCUUUCAUGAUGGAUUAUUUACUCCCUGUGAUAUCUGUGAUAAACUCGUGAAGGAUCUGGGAUAUCACAAGAGAAGUGUUCACAAGAAGAUUUUGUUCAAUUGUGAAUCUUGCGGUAAAUCCUACACGUCUAAGAGUGCGCUGGAUUAUCAUAAACAGAGAGUUCACAGUACAGACAGUACAGAUGUGUGCCAGUACUGUGCAGCUGAGUUGUCUGUGAAGAGUAUGAAACUACAUAUAAAGCUAAAGCACAGUGGUCAAGUAGAAAGGACAAUUCCUUGCCAGCAUAAUAAUUGUUCUAAACUUUUCAGAACUAAUCAGCAGGCAACAGUUCAUUAUAAGACAACGCAUCUGAACAUGAAAGAAAUGUGUUGUUACUGUAAUAAAGAGUUUAAAAACCUAGUUUCUCACAUUAGUCAAAUUCAUAAACAGAGCAAACAUACUUGUGAUCAG